UGUAUACCUAUUGCAUGAAUAUAAAACCGAAUCGUACAGUUUAUUCGUAAGUCAAUAUUGUUACAAUCUCAAGCAAGGAAUAAUCUCUGACUUAAUUUCUAUGAAAUUUAAAAAAUGGAGAAAUUCCUUGAAUCGUCAUUUCUAUCACAGCCUCUGCUACCCCUUGUCAAUCUUCAAGUGCCUGUUUUAAGUUUAAUUCCAAGCCCUAAAGUCCAAUUACCGUUUGACACCUUAGUAGUUUUAUGUCUCACAAUUUCCCUAGUAGUCUUCCUCCUAAUCAACGAUUAUCGCAAAACCCACCUGACCAGAAUUGCUAAAAUGAUCAAGAAGCUUCCAGGAUCCCCACACAGAAUUCCGUUCAUUGGUCAAUCGUACCUUCUCCUAGGUCCUGCGUGGAACACUCAGGAAGUCUUCUCAAGCUAUUUGAGAAAAUAUGGAACAGUGUGUAGGAUGUGGAUUGGGGACAAGGCGUACAUACUUAUCAGCGAUGUCAGUGCUGCCCAGAAAAUCCUGGGUGCACCCGACCUUUUCGAAAAGGCAUCUGCAUACGAUAAUCUCAGAGACUUUGCUGGUACAGGACUCUUAACUUCCUCUGGAGAGCAAUGGAAAACUGACCGAAAAUCUUUAAAUCAUGCCUUUAACCAUCAGUUAUUUACUGGAUUUAUUAAAAUAUUCAAUCAUGAAACAAACAUUUUGAUGUCAAAGUUGGAAAAUGAGUGUGGAAAUCCGGCUAAUUUGUACCCAUACUUUCUCACGGCAACAUUGGACAUGGUUUUGCAAGCAGGUCUCGGAGUUGAGCUCAACCUUCAGGAGAAAACAGCCGAUAAUAUUUACGCUACUGCAAUUAAUAAUUUGCUUUCUGGGACUCACAUACGUCUGUUCAAGCCGCACUUGUACAAUAUUCCAUUCGUGUACAGACUUAUUGGAAGACACCAACUCGAGAAGAAAUCAAUUGCUCAUAUUUACAAGAUUUGCGACAUUGCUAGAAAGCGGAAACAAAAUGAAAUUAAGGAAACUAAAACGGAUGAUGAUAAAAUGAGGACAAAACCAUUCCUAGAUAUUUUAAUGGAUAGAACGCCUCAGCCCACGGAGAAAGAAUAUUGCGACCAUCUAGUCACAAUAAUUGGAGCUGGGGCCGAAACGACUGCUUCAUCCAUUUACGAGACUCUGUUUUUCCUCGCUUUGAAUUCUGACCAUCAGAAAAAAGCCCAGGAAGAAGUGGACACCAUCAUAGGUUCAGAAAUGAGAGAAUUAACUCUGGCAGAUAUUUCGGAAGCCAAAUACUUGGAAAUGUGUUGGAAGGAGGCGAUGCGAGUAAAACCUCCGGUUGCAAUGGUUGCGAGGAAGCUUACGAGAGACGUGACGCUUGACGACGGCUCAAUUCUUCCCAAUGGUGCCGAGGUUGCAAUUUUUAUCCAUCAUAUGCACCAAGACCCUGAGGUGUAUCCAAAUCCGAAAAAGUUUGACCCACUCCGAUUUGCUCCAGAGGAAUGCUUAAAGCGAAAUGCGUACAGUUACCUCCCAUUUUCCAUGGGAAACAGAAACUGCAUCGGUCUGAAGUAUGCCCAACUAGAAGCGAAAUUGAUCCUGAUGUAUGUUCUGAAGAAAUUUAAUGUAACUACUAAACAGAGAUUGGAGGAUAUCAAAUUCAUCUUUGGUGUCCCUGCGAUUCCAUUUCCACAAUUUGAAGUUAUUCUAGAACGGCGAACUUAAUUUUUUUUAAAGUUAUAAAAGUCUUGGUUUUGUAACUAGAAAAAAUGUAUAUUUAUUUGAACAUGUCAAGCCUAUUUACUACCAAACUGUCAAGAUUGUGUACGAAAACAAAUAAAAAAGUAGGCAUAAGACUGCCAUGCUUUCAUGCAUGCAUACCAA